UUAUUUUAUGGAAGUUUGGUUUGUCCACAGUUAUAGAGAGCUUAGUCCCUGAAACGACCAGAUCUACAUUUCCUCUCUUCGGGUUGAGACUUGAGAGUUCUUCACAUCAACCAAACGCAUCAAGCUUCUCGAGAUCUAAUUUCCUUCCUCAAGCUCCAUAGCAAAUCAGAUCUCUUAACCAAAAAGAUAAAGCAGAUAUGGAGAAGUCGUGCACUCUGUUGGUGCACUUCGACAAGGGCACCCCAGCCAUGGCGAAUGAGAUCAAGGAAGCUUUGGAAGGAAAUGACAUUGAUUCCAAGAUUGAAGCAUUGAAAAAAGCGAUUAUGUUGUUGCUCAAUGGUGAAACCAUUCCUCAACUUUUCAUCACAAUUAUACGUUAUGUUCUUCCUUCUGAUGACCACACCAUCCAGAAACUCCUCCUUCUUUAUUUGGAGAUCAUUGACAAGACCGAUUCACGAGGUAAAGUUUUGCCGGAGAUGAUUCUUAUUUGCCAGAACCUACGUAACAACCUUCAGCAUCCUAACGAGUAUAUUCGUGGGGUUACCCUGCGAUUUCUCUGCCGUUUGAAUGAAACUGAGAUCAUUGAGCCCCUGAUCCCUUCCAUUCUCACCAAUUUGGAGCAUCGCCACCCAUUUGUUCGUCGAAAUGCGGUGCUUGCUGUCAUGUCCGUUUACAAACUUCCUCAAGGGGAGCAAUUACUGGAUAGUGCACCUGAGAUCAUCGAGAAGUUCUUGACCUCUGAGCAGGACAAUUCCAGUAAGCGAAAUGCUUUUCUUAUGCUCUUCAAUUGUGCUCAAGAAAGGGCUAUCAAUUACCUCUUUACUAACAUCGAUAGGAUGACUGAUUGGGGUGAGCAGCUUCAGAUGGUUGUCUUAGAAUUAAUUAGGAAGGUUUGCCGGGCCAAUAAGGCUGAGAAAGGAAAAUAUAUUAAGAUCAUUAUAUCAUUGUUGAAUGCCCCAUCAACUGCUGUCAUUUAUGAGUGUGCUGGAACUCUUGUGUCUCUUUCCUCAGCUCCCACGGCUAUUAGAGCCGCUGCGAAUACUUACUGCCAGCUUUUGCUCUCCCAAAGUGAUAAUAAUGUUAAGCUUAUUGUUCUUGAUAGGCUCAAUGAGCUGAAGACAUCUCAUAGGGAGAUAAUGGUCGAACUAGUAAUGGAUGUGCUUCGCGCACUUUCCAGCCCAAAUCUUGAUAUUAGGAGGAAAACGAUUGAUAUUGCCCUUGAAUUGAUUACUCCUAGGAAUAUUGAUGAAGUUGUUAUGUCGCUGAAGAAGGAGGUGGUGAAGACUCAAAGUGGAGAGCAUGAGAAGAAUGGGGAAUAUAGGCAAAUGCUGGUGCAGGCUAUUCAUACUUGUGCAAUUAAGUUCCCUGAGGUUGCCAGCACAGUGGUACAUCUCUUGAUGGAUUUCUUGAGCGAUACCAAUGUAGCUUCAGCAAUGGAUGUUGUUGUUUUUGUUCGUGAGAUCAUUGAGACAAAUCCCAAGUUGCGAGUUUCUAUCAUUACAAGACUGUUGGAUACAUUCUAUCAGAUUCGUGCAGCGAGGGUGUGUUCUUGUGCGCUUUGGAUCAUUGGAGAGUACUGUCUCUCGCUCUCUGAAGUUGAGAGUGGAAUCUCUACCAUCAAAACUUGUCUUGGUGACCUUCCUUUCUACACAGCUUCAGAGGAAGGGGAGGCACAAGAGUCUUCAAAAACUUCACAACAAGUAAGCUCAACUACAGUAUCCUCUAGAAGGCCUGCCAUUCUUGCAGAUGGAACCUAUGCAACCCAAAGUGCUGCACUUGAGACUGCAAUGUCCCCACCAACCCUUGUUCAGGGUUCACUAUCCUCUAUUGGAAAUUUGAGAUCCUUAAUUCUUUCUGGCGACUUUUUCCUUGGGGCAGUUGUGGCUUGUACGCUUACAAAGCUUGUUUUGAGGCUAGAGGAGGUUCAGCCUUCCAAAGUCGAAGUGAACAGAACCUUCACUCAGGCAUUAUUGAUCAUGGUUUCUAUGUUGCAACUGGGUGAAUCUUCAUUUCUUCCACAUCCAAUUGAUAGUGACUCACGUGAUAGGAUUGUCCUCUGUAUUAGACUGCUAAGCAAUACCGGUGAUGAAGUGAGGAAGAUAUGGUUGCAAUCUUGCAGACAGAGCUUUGUGAAAAUGCUGGCUGAAAAGCAGCGCCACGAAACUGAAGAGAUAAAAGCCAGGGCUCAGAUAUCCCAUGCGCAGCCAGAUGAUCUAAUUGAUUUUUACCACUUAAAGAGCAGGAAGGGAAUGAGUCAGCUAGAACUGGAAGAUGAGGUCCAAGAUGAUCUUAAGCGUGCUACUGGAGAGUUUACAAAGGAGGGCGAUGAUGCCAACAAACUCAACCGCAUUCUUCAACUAACUGGAUUCAGUGAUCCCGUUUAUGCAGAAGCUUAUGUCACUGUUCAUCAUUAUGACAUUGUUCUUGAUGUUACAGUGAUUAAUAGAACCAAAGAGACUCUUCAGAAUUUGUGCCUUGAGUUGGCCACUAUGGGUGACCUCAAACUUGUUGAACGUCCUCAAAACUAUACGCUUGCUCCAGAGUCAAGUAAACAAAUAAAGGCUAACAUCAAGGUUUCUUCUACUGAAACAGGAGUCAUAUUUGGUAACAUUGUAUAUGAGACUUCUUCUAAUGUGCUAGAGAGAACAGUCAUAGUUCUUAAUGAUAUCCACAUAGAUAUCAUGGAUUAUAUUUCUCCUGCAUCCUGCACUGAUGUGGCAUUUAGAGCAAUGUGGGCUGAAUUUGAGUGGGAAAACAAGGUUGCUGUGAAUACAAUAAUUCAAGAUGAGAAGGAAUUCCUAAACCACAUUAUGAAGUCAACGAAUAUGAAGUGCUUGACACCAAUAUCGGCAUUAGAAGGUGAAUGUGGUUUUCUUGCUGCCAACCUUUAUGCAAAGAGUGUUUUUGGAGAAGAUGCAUUAGUGAAUGUGAGCAUUGAAAAACAAGCAGACAGCAAGUUGAGUGGAUACAUCAGGAUAAGAAGCAAGACUCAAGGUAUUGCUCUCAGUCUUGGUGAUAAGAUCACUUUGAAACAGAAGGGAGGCUCAUGAACAUUCGAAUUUGAUGAAAUAAUAUUUGAAGUUUUUACUAUUAAAAUUUUGUUUUAACCACCCACUGUAUUGCCCUUAUUUGCGGCCAUUCGAACUCAUUGCCAUUUUCUUUUCUUAUCUUUUCUUUUACUGUUCAUUUUUAUUUAGAACUUCGAUAUAUCUUGCUCUUACUAGAAAGAGGGAUCUGUUGUUAUAUGUUAGUGUCCACAAACAAGUGGCAAUUCUAUGCUGUCUUUAUUCUUUAUUCCCCCUUUGGUUCUCUUUUUGUAGUUAUUAUGUGUACUACAGAGUACCUUCUACAGUUAUAAAUUUUUUGUUCAUCUUUUUUCA